ACGGGGGAGGAGUAACGGAGCAAGUCCACUCACUGCCAGACAGACACCCAACACAGCCAGGCAGCUAGCUGGCUAGCUAGGAUUUUUUGUAAAUUUGCUAGCUUGCCAGAACACGAAAACAAGAAUCGAAGCGCCAACACGGAUUUCUUGUGGGACAAACGCACAGGCCUCGCUGCUAGAACGAUGCCUCACUCGAGACGGUUUCCGUCUUCGGAGCGAGCCAGCCGGAGCAGCUUCCAGGACCGGUAUCGGGAGAGAGACAGAGACCGGGGUCGCAAGCAGCGUCUCCGGAGGUCGCCCUCUUUUUCAUCGAGCAGUGACCGGGAGAGGGACCGAGACAGAGAUCGCAGAGGACGGGGACACAGACAGGAAGUCAGCUAUGCACGCUCGAGGAGUCGUCUUCCCCUUCUCUCCCUGUUUUUCAGCUACGACAAUCGUUCAGCAGAGCGCAGGCCUUUCGACCGGCGCUACUGCGAGGGCUACAGAAGACUGGAGCAUGAGCGCGAGCACGGCACCGCCGGGGAAGGCUACUACGCCCGCGACUUCUCCCCGGCCAUGUACGACUACAGGCGGGGCCGCGACCGAGAGUGGGAGGAGUCGCACCGCCAGAAAGGCAGCAGGCGUAAGCACAAACGAAGGCGACGUAGAACAAGGUCCUAUAGCCCAUCCUCUUCGAGGAGCGUCAGCCGGACAAGAGCUCUGAGUGUGAGGGACGACGAGGAGGGUCACCUGAUCUGCCGGACUGGGGACGUCCUGCAAGAGAGAUACGAAAUCCUCAACACGCUGGGGGAAGGAACGUUUGGCCGGGUGAUGCAGUGUGUCGACCACCGCAGGGGCGGGGCCAACGUCGCUCUGAAGAUCAUCAAGAACGUGGAGAAGUACAAGGAAGCGGCGCGUCUGGAGAUCAACGUUCUGGAGAGGAUCAACGAGAAGGACCCAGAGAACAAACACCUGUGUGUCCAGAUGCACGACUGGUUCGACUACCACGGCCACAUGUGCAUCUCCUUCGAGCUGCUGGCCCUUAGCACCUUCGACUUCCUAAAGGAGAACAACUAUCUGCCUUACUCCAUCAGCCAGGUCCGCCACAUGGCCUACCAGGUCUGCCUGGCCGUCAAAUUUCUCCAUGACAACAAGCUGACCCACACAGACCUGAAACCAGAAAACAUCCUGUUUGUUAACUCAGACUUCACCAUGACCUACAAUGUAGAAAAGAAGCGAGACGAGCGCACGGUGAAGAGCACAGCCGUGAGGGUGGUGGACUUUGGCAGCGCCACGUUCGACCACGAGCACCACAGCACCAUCGUGUCCACCCGGCACUACCGCGCCCCCGAGGUCAUACUAGAGCUGGGCUGGAGUCAGCCCUGUGACGUAUGGAGCAUUGGUUGCAUCCUGUUCGAGUACUACCUGGGCUUCACGCUGUUCCAGACGCAUGACAACAGAGAGCAUCUGGCCAUGAUGGAGAGAAUCCUGGGCCCAGUGCCUUCCAGAAUGAUCCGCAAGACCAGGAAACAGAAGUAUUUCUACCGAGGCCGUCUGGACUGGGACGAGAGCUCGUCUGCAGGGAAGUACGUGAGGGAGAACUGCAAGCCUCUGCGGAGGUACCUGCUGUCUGAGGCAGAGGAUCACCACCAGCUGUUUGACCUGAUCGAGAGCAUGCUGGAGUACGAGCCGUCUAAGCGCCUGGCGCUGGCUGACUCCCUGAAACACCCCUUCUUCGAGGCGGGGGUGGCAGGCGACCCAGCGGGAGGGAAGAGCUGGGAGGGGAACCGCGACAUCAGCCGGUGACACAGGGCCUCCCCUGACCCCCCCCCCCCCCCCCCCUCCCCGACCCCUGACCUGUUGGAGGCUGAGCGCAGACUAGGUGUGUCAGGUGAGGCCUGUCGCUGUCUCAGGGUGUUCUCGUGAUCUGGUCUUCGUAGCAUGGACUUCCUCUCUCCCUCCUGCUCCCAGCACACCCAGACUGCUUCCCCAGCCAGACACCCAGAGAGAGACAGACCCUCAGCUAGACUGCAGAUGACAACUGUGGGAAGGAAUCAAGGAGUUCAGUUCUCACCUCCCUUCCCUCUCUGUCGGGGUACAGUGACCAAGAAAGGAUCGUUUUACCCCCCAGCUAAAGCAGACCCCCCCCCCCCCCUUCGCCUUCCCUCUGCAUGUGCUGGAGAGGAGGGACUUUUCUGAACGUAUGGAGCUGCGCUGCGUUUGGGAGGCAGAACCGCAGCCUGUGAGCGACGGCGAACCCCUUGGGUUUGAAGCGAGGCUUGAGACACAGCCAAGAGCAGAAUUGUGUUUGCUCGUUCUGUGAAAGACAACAUGGAAUGUUUGGCUCUCGUUUGAGCUGGUGAGAUGACAAGUCUAGGCAGUGAUGAACACUCCACCCAUAUGGGCCUGUGUAGCCUCUAUUAUAGAUAAAUAGUUAUUUCUGUUACGUUAUGCAGCGCUUUGUGUGGGGGGCUGGAUUAAUACGCCGGCAUUAUAAUGUAUUGUUCACUUUUUUUUUUCCCCCAACUGUUUUAUUUUAAUUUUUUUGGCUGUCCUUUCUCUUAUCUUCUUGGGAAGUCCUGACUCAUAAACAAACACACACACACAUACACAAACUGCCUUUUUCCAUGUGUGAAGGAUUCAGGCCUGUGGUCUAUGAGAUUAAGCACACAUCCAGGACAGGCUCCAGACAAGACAUAGCAUGUGUUUACAGUAUUUAUUAUGGAAGCAACAGUGCCCCCGCCCCCCUCCUCCAUUGUACAUAAGUUUGUUUUGUAUGAAUUUAAAUGUAUAAACCUGUAUAUAUGUACGAUUGUGUAGAAAUAAAGAUUAGUCCUCCCUGCCGAGGCUUAUAGCCUGAUCCGUGUCAGCUUUAGCCUCUGGCAGAGUCAAAGGGAGGCGGUUUGUCUUUAAAUAA